UUGAAAUCUCAAUUGCUUUAAGAUCUCAGUUGCUUUAACUAGUAAUUACAUUUCUUUAGGAACCAUAUCAUAUAAAUAAAAAAUGACAUUCACCAUCAAUGCUGAAAUAUCCCAAUUUCAAGGGAAAUUAUACAAAUUGUCUCAUGAAUCUACUUCCACGAAGACUCCAAUGGAUGUUAAUGUAUUCGUACCACCUUCCUCUAACUCCAAAAUUCCAGUAUUAGUAUAUUUAUCUGGUUUGACUUGUACACCAAAUAAUGCUACAGAAAAGUCAUUCUUACAAUAUUUUGCUACUAAGUAUGGAUUUGCGGUAGUAUUCCCUGAUACAUCUCCUCGUGGUGCUAAGAUAGAAGGAGAAGAUGAUUCUUGGGAUUUUGGUACUGGGGCUGGUUUCUAUGUUGACGCUACAACUGAUCCAUGGAGUAAAAAUUAUAAUAUGUAUUCAUAUGUUCAUGAUGAAUUACCUAAGGCAUUGGCCAAAGAAUUCCUUCAAUUAGAUUUUGAAAAUAUCUCUAUAACUGGUCAUUCUAUGGGUGGAUUUGGUGCUUUAUCAGGCUUCUUAAAGAAUCCCGGUAAAUAUAGAUCAGUAUCAGCUUUUGCACCAAUUUCAAAUCCAUCUACUUGUCAAUGGGGUGAAAAAAACUUUACUAAUUAUUUAGGAAACAAUAAAGAAGAUUGGUAUAAAUACGAUCCAACUCAUUUGAUCGCUGAUUACAAACAUGAAAAUCAACCUAAGAUUUUAAUUCAUCAGGGAUCUAAAGACGGUUUCUACUACAAAGAUCAUCAAUUACAACCAGAAAUCUUUGUGAAAGCUGCCGAAGAAUCAGGUUAUAAAGGCGGUGUUGAUUUAAGAGUUGCCGAAGGUUACGAUCAUUCUUACUUCUUCAUUAGUUCAUUCAUUGAAGAUCAUGCUAAACAUCAUGCAAAAUAUUUAGGAUUAAUUGAAUAACUAGUAAUUAAAGAAUUUGCAAGUAAGUACUAAAAUAUAUCUAUUUAAUUCGAAUCAAAUUUAGUAUUCCAAGCUUCAUACCAUUUGGAUUUUUUAUCAUUAUUUUUAUGUACUUCUCGAGCAACUUUAGUUAAUUUGUGUGA